CCCCGCCUGGCUGCGGGCUGCCUCUCGCUCCCCUUCCCCUCCUUCCCUUUCCCCCCCGUUUUAUUUUAUUUUUAUUUUUUUUCCGACCCCCGCGCGGCGGCGGCGGCGGCCCGCCUCUCCCUUCGCAGCCCGUCGCCGCCGCCCCGCCAUGGCGACAUGAACCCGCCGGCCGCCGCCGCCGCCUCUCUCCUUUUCCUCCUCUUCCUCCUCCUCCUCCUCCUCCCGGCCCCGGCCCCGGCCAUGGGGCCCGCCCGGAGCUGAAGAAGCCGCGGAGGAGCCCCCGGCGCCGCCGCCGCCCCGCCAUGGGCUGCUGAUGGCCAGGCCCCGCCGGGCACCCCGCCGCCGCGCAGGGGAGGUAGCUGUAUCCAGCUGGGUGGCAGGUGGAUCCAAGGGUUACCAUGAAGUUUUCAGGACCCCUGGAGAGCCAGAGGUUGUCUCUCCUUCUGGAGACGGCAAUCUCUAGGGAAGCUCAAAUGUGGAAAGCACAUGUGCCGAAAAUUCAGCCCAAUCAGGACGUAGCCAUUUCUCCAAAGCAGAGGGAUGAGGUCAUUCAGUGGCUGGCCAAGCUCAAAUACCAGUUCCACCUUUAUCCAGAAACGCUCGCCCUGGCCAUCAGCCUUUUGGACAGGUUUUUAGCUGUGGUAAAGGCCCGUCCAAAGUACUUGAACUGUAUUGCAAUCAGCUGCUUCUUCCUUGCUGCAAAGACCAUUGAGGAAGAUGAGAGGAUUCCAGUACUGAAGGUGUUGGCUCGGGAUAGCUUCUGUGGUUGUUCUCCAGCUGAAAUUCGCAGAAUGGAGAAGAUUAUCCUGGAUAAACUGAACUGGGAUCUUCACAUGGCAACGCCACUGGAUUUCCUUCACAUUUUCCACGCAGUUGCGGUGUCCAACAGGCCUCAGCUUCUGACCAGCCUCCGCAAGCUGAGCCCCUCUCAGCACGUGGCGGUGCUCACCAAGCAGCUGCUGCACUGCAUGGCCUGUUACCAGCUGCUGCAGUUCAAGGGCUCCAUGCUGGCGCUGGCCAUUGUCAGCCUGGAGCUGGAGAAGCUGCUCCCUGACUGGCUGGCUCUCAUCAUCGAGCUGCUCCAGAAGGCACAGAUGGAUAGCUCACAGCUGAUCCACUGCCGGGAGCUUGUGGCACAUCACCUUUCCACUCUGCAGUCUUCUCUGCUGCCCAAUUCUGUAUAUGUCUACAGUCCCCUCCAGCACACCCUGGUGACCUGUAACAGAGGAGCGUUCAAAUGCCAGCCCUCCUCUGUCCCAGGGCCAGGUUUCUCCAAGGACAACGGCAGGCCAGAAGUGCCAGUCACAGCUACAGCCGCGCUCUACCAGCGUCUGCCAGCUCCCAGUGGCUGCAAGCAAGCCUCUGCCAAGCGCAAAGUGGAAGAGAUGGAAGUGGACGACUUCUACGACGGUAUCAAACGUCUCUACAACGAAGACGCUGCUCCAGAGGUAGUUGCUCUUGAAAAUAUGGGCUCUGUUUGUAGCGCUGAUGUCUCGAGGCAGGAGGGCAACGCUUCCCCUUGUCCACCUUUACAGCCGGUGUCUGUUAUGUAGCUGCGAGCGCACACCACCCGCUGCGCCGUAGCUACUACUCUAGAAACCACACAGACCCUGGCAUAGAGUUCUCAGCGGGGGGAGAAGGGGCCAUACCUUGUCAGGCUGAACUGAAGGGAGCCAAAAAAAACCCAAAAAAUAUCCCAGCCCUUUUUUUGAUCUUUUUUCUUGUGCGGCUAAUUAUAGUUCCACUAUUUAAGCACUUAAAAACACAAAAAAGUAUAAAAAUUUAAAAAAGACCCAAAAACUGAACAAAAAAAGUAGCAAAAAAUUGUUUCCUUCUAGUGUUGUCAGCUCCACUGUUUUUCUGCUCCUGUGUAUUGUAACCCAUUCUCCAUGUCCGAGAGCUCACAUGAGUUGUGCAGAGUUGUUCCAGGUUUCCCAGCCAACUAACACCUCUCUGAUCUGAUUUCCAUCCGCUCCUUGCUCUUCUUUCUGCUUGCUUCUCUUUUAAUUCUUUGCAAGUCUUGUGCAUGACGUUCUGUAUUCUCAUGACAGGUUUCUUUUUUCUUUCUAAAGAAAAAGGCCUUUUUUUGUUUUGUUAGCACUUUGGUGUUUAAAUGUGAUAAUAUUUAAAAACUGGAUUUAAAUGAAAGGUUAGGAAAAACACAAAAACAAUGCUUGCGAACUGUUCCACACUUACCACAGGAGUGUGAACGUACUCUGGAAGAACACUAGGCUGCCAGCCACCCAGCUCUGUACCUUGCAGUUAAGCAGUAACUGUUUCCAAGCACAGAAAGCAGUUAACAGAUUUUGUAUCACUUCAACAAAAACGGUAUUUUUUCUUGUUUGCACCAGGAAAUGUUGCACUCAGUGUGGAUAUUCACCAACACUCGAUGCUCUAAAUCAAGUGUAAACCUCAAAUUCUGCCAAAAAAAAAGUCUGUUGUUUUCCCGUGUGUUUAUAAGCUUAGCAUGUGCCCAGCACCAUGUGGUGAAGCGCUGGGCAGCCUGAGGUUUGAAAGGUGUGUAAUUAUCAGUCACAAAAAAAAAAAAAAAGAACAAAAAAAAAAACCAAGAGACCCUAACCCUGAGUUUUGUGUUCAUGUAACUUCUAACCAAGAGUAAAACCUUUAAAAGCUUGUCUCUUUUAAAUGUUACACCUCUGUUUCUCAGAAUGACCUGUCCCAAUUGUAAGCUCUCUCCACAGCCCUGAGGAAGGUAUUGUAUUGGAGCCAUUGUACUGAUGAAAGCCUUCUGGUAGCAAUAAAGAAAGUUGUCCUGGA